AUGGCUUACGAUCAUCCCGUUCAAAACAGUGAGGUGUACCUUCUCAGUUCUGCACCUCACACUUGCCUUCCGGCUUCAGCUCCACCAUCACCACCAACUCCAAGUACACCAUGCGACGAACUUCCUCCUCCAUUGGACGACCUGAUGUCAUUGACCCCCCUAGAAAUAGAAGAGGGAUGUCCACCCUUUAGUCAACGCUUAUCAGGAGCAGUUCAUGUUCUUAGUACAGAAGCUACAUCACUAUCAUCAUUAACCAUGCUAUAUGAUACCGAUCCAGUCGCAAGAGAUGGGUUCAAUCAUGCUGUGGAUGCGAUCAAAAGAUCCAUUGGCGAGAGAGGGAAGCUCGUCAUUUGCGGUGUAGGAAAGAGUGGCUACAUUGCCCAGAAACUCGUCGCGACAAUGCGUAGUGUCGCCAUCCAAGCAGUUUUUAUUCACGCCACCGAAGCGGUACACGGAGAUCUUGGAGCGAUCACCAAAUAUGAUACUAUUCUUCUCGUCUCUUUCUCGGGCAAAACCCCCGAAUUACUCGAGUUACUUCCUCAUCUCGAUCCAUCUCUCCCAAUGAUCAUCCUGACCGGUCACACCCAUCGAUCCAAUUGCGAAAUCAUCAGACGUCGACCAAAAACUAUCUUAUUGCCAGCACCCACUUUUGAACCAGAAACAGUAUCAUUUGGCUGUGCAGCCCCAACCACAUCUACCACGAUGGCAAUCGCCGUAGGAGAUGCUCUCGCUCUAGUCAUUGCCCGAGAAAUCCACGGAAACAUCUCCACCGUCUUUUCCAAAUAUCAUCCCGGUGGUGCCAUUGGCGCCGCCUUCAAACCACCCCAAAAAGUAUCUGAUAUCGCCAUUUGUCUCGCCGACAUGCCAGAUCUGGGCAGUGGACCAAACACUGGAGCCGAUCUUCUUAUCAAAGCGUAUGGCUCCGAAUCCGGAUGGGCGAGAUGUGGCACCGACAUCGUUGUCCCACCUCGCUCCAUCAAACAGCUUGGAAAAGCUGAUAUGGAUUUACAAGCUUCUUCUAUCAAGGGUUUGAUGAUUCCAAGCACUAAAUGGAUUACUAUUCCGGCUGAAACCGAAGUCGCUGCUGCAAAGGAGAUGUACAUGAAGUCUGGUUCGGAAAAGAACAGCACAUACUCUGAGAAUACUAUCCUGGCGGUCAUGGAUGAUCUCGAACUCAUAGGAGUUUUGCAAAUCGGAGACCUGGUAUAA